UCUUUUCAACCUCAGACAGGAAACAGGAGCGGAGGACGGUUGGAAUACGCGAGCUCCCACCAAAACCUGGUUUUUCUUCCUUACAUGUCUGACGCGAACCGGAUUUUUUGGGACAUUUUUUGGGCAUACAUUCAGAAAGAAGGAAAAGAAACGAUUAUUAAUUAGUCAGAGGACGACGAAACGGAGCUGAUAGCCAUCAUGGUGGAUUCAGCAGCACAGAGUUCCUGUGAGCGUCUCACGGCAGAGCAGAUGGACGAACAGAGGAUCCAGAAUGUGGCCUAUCAGUACCUGUGCAGGUUAGAGGAGGCCAAGAGGUGGAUGGAGGCGUGUCUGGGGGAGGAGCUUCCUGCUCCCACUGAAUUGGAGGAGGCGCUGAGGAACGGUGUCAUCCUCGCCAAACUGGGUCAUCACUUUGCUCCACAUGCUGUCCCCCUGAAGAAGAUUUAUGACCCUGACCUGCUUCGAUACCAGGCCGUGGGUCUUCAGUUCCGCCACACUGACAACAUCAACCACUGGAGGAUCGCCAUGACGGCGUUGGGUCUGCCAGCUAUCUUCCAUCCUGAAACUACAGACGUUUAUGACAAGAAGAACAUGCCAAGAGCUGUUUACUGUAUCCACGCUCUCAGCCUGUACCUGUACAGACGAGGGUUGGCUCCUCAGAUCUAUGAUCUUUAUGGAAAAGUGAAGUUUACAGACGAGGAGAUCAGCUAUAUGAAGCUGGAGCUGGAGAAAUACGGCAUCCAGAUGCCGGCUUUCAACAAGAUUGGAGGGAUCCUGGCCAAUGAGCUGUCAGUGGACGAAGCUGCAGUUCACGCAGCAGUAGUUGCCAUCAACGAGGCGGCGGACAGGGGGGUUGUGGACGCCACUGCCAAGGCUCUAAAGAACCCUGCCGCUCUGCUGUCUGACCUCCAGGAGGCGCUGAUGGCCGUCUACCAGGGGGUGCUGCAACAGGCCAGGAGGAGGAAGGCUGCUGCAUGCAGGUGUGGAGGUGUGGAGGACAAAGACAUGUACGAGGAAUACCUGAGCCAGAGGGAGAUCCAGGAGCACAUCAUUACUGUUAAUGUCCGAUCAGCUGUGGAGCAGGUGGAUGAAGCUCUGGAUGCUGCAGAUGAACUUUCCCUGCUUUCUGCUCUACACCUGCCAUGUUUGGCCCUUAGGGGACUUCGUACCGACAACGCCCCCUGGUACCUGGACCAGCUGUUAGCGGAUCGCCAGCAGAAGGCUCUGGAUCAGGGCUCAGUAGAUCCGCUGGACCCCGUGGAGCUGCAGGAGAGUGUCUCUGUCGCCAACCGGGAAGUUCAGAGAGCCAGAAACAUGCACGCAGCCGUGCAAAGUGUUAAUGCGUCUCUUCGCGGCGAUGACCCCCGCCGCACCAUCAGCUGUCUGAUAACCUCUGACCUUCAGCUUCCUAAAGUUUUUCCAUCAGCUGCUGCGCUGUACCACAGAGAGCUGCAGCUGCUGCAGAGGCAUACCCCACAGGGGGAGCUCCAGCAGGAGGAGCUGUUUGUUGCCGUGGAGAUGCUGUCAGCUGUUGCACUCAUCAAUCAGGCCCUGGAGGUGGGACACCUGCAGCAGUUCAGCUCCUCAUUGGUCAGUCUGUCUGCAGGACUUUCUGAUGUAGACCACUCCCUGCUGGACAGGUACUUUCAUCACCUGUGUGGAGUGAAGCAGCAGGUGAGCAGAGAUCUGAGCUGGAAUCAGCUGCAGGAGGGAAUUAACUCUGUCAACAACUCAGCUCAAGAUGAAGAGCAGCAGCUCCUGGCAGUCCGUCUGAUAAACGAGGCGGUGGAGAGGGGAGACCUCCAGCAGCUGCUGUCCUCCCUCAUGCUGCCCUCCUGUGGAUUGGAGGAGGUCCUACCUGCCAACACCUGCAGAUACCUGACCUUGCUGACUGCAGCCAGGCAGCAAAAAGCCCAGGUGAGCAGAGACCCAGGAGCUGCGCUGUGGUUGGCCGACAUCCAGGAAGCAGUGAGGCAGGCCAAUCAGCAGACUCAGAAAGCCCUGAAGUUGUGUCUGGCGGUGGCUGCGGUGAACCAGGCUGUGAAGGAGAACCAAGCCAAGCAGACUCUGAGGGUUCUGGCUCUACCUGAGGUGGACCUUCGAGGAGUUUUACCCCACUGUGCUGAAGAAUAUCAGAGAGCCCUGAUAGACCUGAUUGAUCACAGAAAACGCACAGGUGACAACAGAAGUCCGUGGGUCCGAGUCCGAUUGCAGGGCGGAACCUUUUACUUCUUCCACCUGAACAGACUGGAGGGAAGCUGGGAGAGACCCCCCCAGUUCAAACACAACACCGUGUUUAUCGACCACCUCGAGAUACAGGAAGUGAUCAACAGCGUCUCUUCCUCGUACAGCCGUGGCCUCCUGUGGCGGAGCAGAGAAUCCCUCAUUGUUGACUUGCAGGCUUGUUGUCGAGGGUUCCUGAUCAGACAGCAGCUAGAGGCUCGACGGCGUUACCUCAUCAGUCAGACACCUGCUGUCGUCAUCAUCCAGGCCCACUGGAGGAGGUUCAUCCAACAGCAGGGCUACAGGAGGCGGUUGCAGUUCCUCUACAUGAACUGGAGGGCCGUGGUUAAGAUCCAGGCAUUUGUGAAGAUGUGGUUGGCGAGGAGGAAAUAUCGAGCUCGGCUGAGUUUCUUCAGACGUAACGUGGGUGCUGUUAUCAAGAUCCAGGCCUUCUUCAGAGCCAGCAGAGCGAGACACGAGUACAGGAUGCUAGUGCACUCAGACACGCCCCCCCUGUCUGUGGUCAGGAAGUUCCUUCACCUGCUUGACCUGGGUGAUGGUGACAUCAGAGAGGAGGCGGAGCUUCUACGUCUGAGGGAGGAGGUGGUGAGGAACAUUCGCUUCAACCGACAACUGGAGGCAGACCUGGACCUGAUGGACCUGAAGAUUGGUCUCCUGGUCCGGAACAGAGCCACUCUGCAGGAAGUUGUUUCUCACUGUAAGAAGCUGACCAAGAAGAACAAGGAGCAGCUGUCGGACAUGAUGGACGUGGAGAGAAGUAAAGGACUGAAGGCUCUGAGCAGAGAGAGGAGGGAGAGGCUGGAGGCCUACCAGCACCUGUUCUACCUGCUGCAGACGCAGCCUUCCUACCUGGCUCAGGUGAUCUUCCUGAUGCCUCAGAGUCGCUCCACCUCCUUCAUGGAGAUGUUGGUGUUCAGUCUUUUUAACUACGCCUCCGACAGCAGGGACGCUUUCCUGCUGCUGCAGCUGUUUACUGAGGCUCUACGACAUGAGAUCAGAGUGAAGGUGGAGCAGCCUCGGGACGUGGUCACAGGGAAUCCCACCAUCAUCAAGAUGCUGGUGAACUUCUACCGUCAUGCUCGCGGUCAGAACACCCUGAGGGAGUCUCUGGGUCCAGCUCUGCAGGACGUCCUGCAGGACCGGACCCUCAGCAUCAGGACUGACCCUGUGGAGGUCUACAAGACCUGGAUAAACCAGACUGAGACCCAAACUGGACACAAGAGUUCCCUUCCCUACGAGGUGUCUCCUGAAGACGCUCUGUCUCACCCUGAAGUUCAGAGACGGAUUGAUAUUGCCAUCAUAAACCUGAAGAACCUGACGAACCGUGUUCUCAAAGCCAUCACCUCCAAUCUCCAGAAACUCCCAUAUGGUCUCCGUUACACGGCCAAAGUGCUGAGGGACGCCCUGAAGACAAAGUUUCCUGCAGCCAGCGAGGACGAGCUCUACAAGAUUGUCGGGAACCUGGUUUAUUACCGCUACAUGAACCCAGCCAUCGUGGCUCCAGAUGGCUUCGAUGUGGUGGACCGCUCUGCUAGCUCUGCCCUGCAGCCUGAGCAGCGCCACAUCCUGGGCUCCAUAGCACGCAUGCUUCAGCAUGCCGCCGCCAACAAGCACUUCCACGGGGAUGGAUACCACGUUCAAGCCCUGAACCAGUACAUCAGCCAGACGCACAGCAAGUUCAGGAGGUUCCUGGUGUCUGUCUGUGAUGUGCCAGAACCAGAGGACCGGUUCAGCAUGGACGAGUACUCAGAGCUGCUGAUCGUCAACAGACCUGUGAUCUACAUCUCUGUCAGUGAGCUGCUCAACACACACAAGUUGUUAUUGGAGCACCAGGAGGUUUUGUGUGAAGACCCAUCAGACCCCCUUCGACUGAUACUGCAGGACCUGGGUCCAGUUCCAACCCUGCAGGAGCUCACUGGUACUACAGAUAAUACUACGGCUGGAGAGACUUCUCUAGCAGGAGAUCCAGGAUCUGAGUCCAGUAAGAUGGAAGUUUCUCUGACUCUCACCAACAGGUUUGACAUCUUCAGCGAGUCUGAUGGCAAACCAGACACCAGAGGACUGCUGCUCAGCACUAAACAGCUGAUCAUCGACAUUAUCAGGACUCAGUCAGGUGACUCUCUGAGUGACAUCCUGAGAACAAAGACCUUACCUGACCAGGAAGUGUGCCAUGAUUGGCUGAUGCAGCGUCGGGCCCAGCAAGAUUCUCGAACACCUGAGAAGAUGAAGAGGAACCAGUCUCUAGUUGCCAAUGGCAACCUGAGUCUGGAGGAGAAGAAAAGAAAGGUGCUGCGGAGUCUUCGUCGUCUGGAGGCUCUUGAGGUCCUGAGACCGCCUCAGACUGAGAACCAGAUCCUGCAAAUGAUCUCCAAGGACAUUCGGCAGCAGCGACUGCACCGUCAGCGCCGGGGGGCGGAGCUUCAGAAGCUCCGUCAGACUCUCAGCCGCCUCCAAGAGAAGAGCAGCUUCCACAGCGAACAGGUGGACUACUACAGACAUUACAUCACUUCCUGUCUAGACAACCUGACCACCAACAGUAAAUCGACCAAUAAGAAGACAGCAGACAGUAAAGGGAAGAAGAGACCUCCCACUUUGAGCUACAGCGCCACCCGGCUGCAGGAGAAGGGAGUUCUGUUGGAGAUCGAAGACCUGCCAAGCACACAGUUCAAAAACGUCAUCUUCGACAUCCUUCCUGGACCAGAGAAAGGAACUUUCAACAUAAAAGCUCGAUUCCUUGGAGUCGAGAUGGAGGAGUUCCUGCUCAAAUACCAGGACUUGCUACAGCUGCAGUACGAGGGUGUGGCAGUGAUGAAGAUGUUCGAUAAGGCAAAGGUCAACGUUAAUCUGCUCAUCUUCCUCCUCAAUAAGAAGUUCUUCAAGCAAUGAACCGACGACUGUUCUGGCUUCUCAUUCCGACUGUUGUCAUCUGUUUCUAUUCAGCUCAAUAUACAUCAGAGUGAAGCAUCAUCUUACACUCCUAUCUCUGUAUCUCUUUGUUUUCAGCAGAAGAAAAAAACUUCAGAUUACUUUUAUUUGACAUAAAAACACUGCUGCUAUCAUGUGGUCUACUUUAUGUCUCACCAUAGACUGGGCCAUCCGUCUCAUUCUGUCCUCUUUGGUUUGUAGUAAGUGAGACAUCUUCCUUUAAGCACGUCUUUGGGACUUCUACUCUGUUCUUGUAUCAGUAAAAAUUGAACAGUGUGUCACAUCUAUUUAUACACCUAUCUUUACUUGUUUCUGAUCUCACUAUAUUAUGCAUGUUUUUAAACACUAAGGGAGGCGUCUUCCUUCCUUCCAUCUGUGCACUUUAUAAUAAAACUUAGAUCUGUUUUGAUUGGU